GCCGAUCUCGACGCCACCAGUUCCGGAUCUUAUCUCGCUCACCAUCUCGGACGACGAAGAAGAGGAGAUCGGGGAAGGGGUAGAGGAAGAGGAAGCGAGAGAUCUGAAGCAGUUUUCUUGAAUGCUUUUCCUUCCAUCUCUCUUGCCUUUCCUGGGUCUGAUUUGGUCUCUUUUGUGUUGAGUUGGGAGUUUGGAGUAAAAGGAGGAGAAUCUGAAGCCUUUUUUGGGGACCAAGAGAAGAAAAGGAUCUUGAGUGUUAUCUGUGAUCGGCAGGAAAGAAGAAAGAAAUAGAGAAGAAUCGGAAGCUAAUUCGUGGUGGAAAGAAUGGCCGAGACGAGGCAGGGGGUGAAUCGGGGCAGGGAGACCACGGGAAGUGCCACCAACCUGGGGUUCUGGAUCCGGAGGGCUGCUUACCUAGCGUCGAGGACGGGAUCGAGAUCAACGCGUGUCCAGAGUGUGGUGUUCGCCACCGACGACAAGGAGAACGUCACCCCGUCGCGGGCAGCGCGACGCCGUGGCCGGACGAGGAAGAGUCCUCUGCCCGAGUGGUAUCCUCGUACGCCUCUCCGCGAUAUCACCGUCAUCGUCAAUGCUUUGGAGCGGAGAAGGAUGCGUGUAAGGGCUGCUGCUACGGCCCGGCAAAGGACCUCCGACCCUGAACCAGCAGCAGUUGAGAAGGGUCUCCUCGAUUCCUCUUCCAUCCCUGCAGCUGCCGGCAGUUCCUCCGUUUCUGCAACGGAGCAACCACCCCAGAUAUGUUCGUCUUCCAACGCCUCAUCUCCUAGGGAGGAUCCACCCGAUCAACCAACCGAAUACGAGAAGAACUUGGAGAUUUAUAUCGGUGAGAUGGAGAGGCUUGUGACGGAGAACCUGAAGAGGUCGCCGAUGCCGCCUGCGAAACGGGCCAAGCGCACUCUCAUCUCGAUGCGAUGAGCGGAAGAUUUCGUUUCCCCUUCUUAGCCACCACUCUCAUCUGCUUAGUCUCGGGCUGCUGCUGCUGAUGAUGAUGCUGCCAGUUUUGCGAGCAUGCGUCUCUAACCCAUGUAAAUAUGAGGCCGUCCCUCACCGCCUGCCUGAAGGGCUUCUCUUCACAGACUGUCAUUCCUCAGUAGCAAUAUUGGAUAGUGUCUUUUUAGUCUGAUAGAACAUGAUUUCAUUUCGCA